AAACGACGUAACUGUCAGAUUCUUAUCGAGCUAGCUUGACAGCCACGUCACCUCCUCUUCCCAGCUUUUCUCUGGAACCAUCAUUGCUCUCUCAUGCUAGAAGUGUGUUCUGGAAAUAGCGGACCUUUUUACCUGUUUACAUUCGCAUAUUUCAGACAAGCGGCCAACAGAGCCGUCUAACGUCAACUGCGAAGCUGCUAGCUUGUUUUUUUCCUCUCUUAAUCUGCUCCGAGCUUAUUUUCCCUUUGUGGGUCAACAACUCAGAAGUCAGUGUUGUGGGAGUUUGAAGGCCUGUGAAGACUUUAGGUGUAACAGUAUGAAUAUCUUUCGGCUGGCAGGUGACGUGUCCCAUUUGGUGGCUAUUCUCAUCCUGUUGAUGAAGAUAUGGAGGUCCAAAUCUUGUGCUGGCAUCUCUGGGAAGUCUCAGGUGCUGUUUGCGCUUGUUUUUACCACCAGGUACCUUGACCUAUUCACAAUCUACAUUUCAGCCUACAACACAGUCAUGAAGGUGGUGUUUCUGGCUCUGUCCUAUGCUACGGUGUAUUUGAUCUACAUGCGCUUCAGGAACUCGUACGACUCAGAGAAUGACACGUUCAGAGUGGAGUUCUUGCUGGUUCCGGUGAUCGGCCUGUCCUUCCUGGAGAACUAUGCCUUCACUCCACUAGAGAUCCUGUGGACCUUCUCCAUCUUCCUGGAGUCCGUCGCCAUAAUGCCCCAGCUCUUCAUGAUCACCAAGACGGGCGAGGCGGAGUCCAUCACCACCCACUACCUGUUCUUCCUCGGCCUCUACAGGGCCCUGUACAUAGCCAACUGGGUGUGGCGCUACCACACUGAGGGCUUCUAUGACCAGAUCGCCAUCGUGUCCGGAGUCGUUCAGACCAUUUUCUACUGCGACUUCUUUUACCUUUACGUCACGAGGGUUCUCCGAGGAAGAGGGAAGAUGAGCCUGCCGAUGCCGGUUUAGGUUUUACGUCAGUGCCUGCCACAGUUCAGCGUCGCGGCAGAAUCCUUACGCCUUUCCCUGUAGCUCUACUUUAGGAAAAGGGACUAAAGGUCUUAUAUUUGUAGACCAAAAUUAAAUCGAUUUUUUUUGUUUUGUUCUGUUUGUUUGACUGGUACUUUAAGUCUGUGUUCGUGCAUAAUCGUAUAAGUGCGUAUGCAACAAUGCGCUACGGAUGUGUCGUUCUGCUUUGUCUUGAGAUGCAAAUAGGACGCGAGAUGCUCAUUGCCGGUGAGCGCCAUGGUUCUCUACAGAUUACAGCGAAGAGAGAGUGUAUUUUUUUUUUUAUUUGUCCCAACAUUUCCUUUUCAGAAACUGCUUUUGACUCUGGAGCUCUUUGAAAUAACCAGCCUGGUUUUUGUACUAAUGACCUUGAAUGUCGAAUGCAUGUAAACAAACUUUUAGGUUGUUCCAGCUGGUGUUUUGAGCACUCAGGUAGACCGUAGCUUUAAACUAAACAUCACCAAAUGUCCAGUCGUUACAUGUGAGAACCCAAUGUUUUAUUUCCUCACAGAUUGUAUCCAUAGGCACUCCCUGAAUAACUUACUGAAUUUACUAUUGCCAAGUUUGUUACAGUUAUGGUAUUUCUUGUUUACCUUGUCUUGUGUAAUUUUGUUGUUGUUGUUGUUGGGGAGAAGGGGUUAAAAAAAACGGGCUUAAAAUCAUAUUGUGUUAUGAAAAGCCAAAGAAGCUGCAGUGUUUUACUUUAGCUAAACUUUCUCGUUUCUAUUUUAAUUUCAAAAGUGUUAGUCAAAGAAAUCAGAAAUCCAAAUUUUCUUUCUUUUAUUACGCAAGGAAUUGUCUUUACUCAAAGAUCUGGUCGUGUUUUGUUUUCAGAAACAUUUGCACUGCUUCCCAGCCUUCAAGUGCUCUUAAGAUGAAAGUGUUUGAUGUGAUCAACAGAACGCUGUUGUGGGUUUUUCCUCUCAACACGUCGCAUCUCUGCAAUAAAGGUUAUCCAUCUUGAUUCAAAGACUCAAA